AUGGAAUCUAUGAAUACAAUUGAUCCUCAGAAGGGAUCCAAUAUUGGACAAAUAAUACCGCUACCGGAAGAGUAUCUACGAUGUUCAAGGACCCAUUUGGUGGUAAUCAUAUCUAGAAUGUUAUCCUUUUUGAUUCAGAUUAAUGAUGCAAAUAACGCUGGUAAUCAAACUAUGGAAUUGACGAGAUUUCAUUCAAAAGCAGCACCUUCGAUCACAGUAUAUCAGUACCUGAUACGACUCACCAAAUACUCAUCUUUAGAACAUAGCGUUCUACUCUCGGCAGUAUAUUAUAUUGAUUUGUUGUCUGCUGUUUACCCUGAAUUUACUUUGAAUUCGUUGACCGUCCAUCGUUUUUUGUUAACGGCAACUACUAUCGCAAGUAAAGGCUUAUGUGACUCGUUCUGUACAAACACACAUUAUUCUAAGGUUGGAGGCGUACAAUGCAGUGAACUAAAUAUCCUUGAGAAUGAGUUUUUGGAACGAGUCAGAUACAGAAUUAUCCCAAGAGAUGAUAAUAUCGAAAAUUGUAAGAUUGAACAAAAAUUGGGCUCCAAUAUGCUGAUACCCAUGAAAAACGCUUCACAGAGAGGUCCCGACAAUGGUUUCAAUGUUUUACAGAAUUAUUACAGGAAGAUUGUUCAACUCGUUGGAAAUCCAUUGAACUCACCGGAUAAAACUUCCACAUACUUCUUCAAAAUGGUCGAUCCAAUGAAUCCUGGCAUUGGUGGCACCUUGGUACCGCCUAGUACAACAAUCAAGAACAAUCUUAAAGAUAAAGGAAAUGGUAGAUUAAACACAAACAUUAUAUCCACUACGGGCAGGAUCGUUUCACCAUCUAUAACCGAGGGCGAUAGCUUUAAUCUGAGUGAACACCGGAAAACUCGUUCCCGAGAAACUUCUGUUAAUGAGAAUAGUGAUUCUCCUCCGAUCACCAUUCCACAAAAGAGAAAUAUGAAGGAGGAUGAUCCGACCAAUAUGGAUAGAAAGAGCACUUUGCUACGCAACGGCAAAAAGCUUUCAAGUCAUUUCAAUAGUUGA